CUUUGAUUGCCUCAUGGGACAUGUGUGUGUAAUUACUAAAUCGGGUUGGGGAAAACUGGAAAAAGGAAAUCCAGAGAUCAAACUUCCGAUUUUUAUCCUUUCCAUUGGGCUUCUUACAAGAUUUUGACCCCCUAGGAGGGGCGAUCACAUGGCUUCUGCUCCUUCUCAUCAGACUUACGUUCCUAUCCCUUCAGACUCAGGUGGAAAAUGUGAAGACAAUGAUGUGAGAUUUUCACCAGUUCCCAUCCACAUUGUCACCCAUUCAUCUCAACUUCCACCUGAAUUUUUGGAACCCUCUCCUGACAGGCAUUUGGUCAUUGGUUUUGAUUGUGAGGGUGUUGACCUUUGUCGAUAUGGAACUCUCUGUAUCAUGCAGCUUGCCUUUCCCGAUGCCAUAUAUUUGGUGGAUGCUAUUCAGGGUGGGGAGAUGCUCAUGAAAGCUUGUAAACCUGCACUUGAGUCUAGUUACAUCACAAAGGUCAUUCAUGAUUGCAAACGGGAUAGUGAGGCGUUAUAUUUUCAAUUUGGCAUCAAACUGAACAAUGUUGUUGAUACCCAGAUAGGAUAUUCUCUGAUAGAGGAGCAAGAAGGAAGGACAAGAGCACCAGAUGACUACAUUUCUUUUGUUGGCCUACUUGCAGAUCCACGUUAUUGUGGUGUAUCAUAUCUUGAGAAGCAAGAAGUGCGUAUCCUUCUGAGACAGGAUCCUGAGUUUUGGACGUACAGGCCGUUGUCUGAACUGAUGGUCCGUGCAGCUGCAGAUGAUGUUCGGUUUCUUCUCUACAUCUACAACAAGAUGAUGGUUAAAUUUAGCCAGCAAUCUUUAUGGCAUCUAGCUGUUCGUGGUGCACUUUAUUGCCGAUGCUUCUGCGUCAGUGACAAUGAAUAUGCGGAUUGGCCGGCAAUCCCCCCUAUUCCAGGUCUCUAAUCUUUUUAGAACAAG